UCAGUCACUUUAGUUGUGGAAAGUACAACAACAUUUAUUCCAGAAUCUGCAGUAACCAAAGCAACCACUUCACCAAGUGCAACUCAGCCAGAUGUCUCAUUGGUAGAAUUGGGCAGUGGUGAUUUUACAGAGAAAGCUCCAGUCCGAGGUGAAGUGAAAGAAGAUGUAGGUUCAGGUGAAAAACCAGAUGAGAUUUUCGCAAAGGAGUCUACAGUCACUACAGCUCCUCUUGUGACUGGCACAACCAAAUUGGAUUAUUCACUUCCUACAUUAUCUCCUGUUUUAGACAUUAGUCUCACCUCACAUACAGACACUAUGGAAGUGACACAAACAAAAACAUCAAUCACUGAAUCACCAUUACUUACUUCUGGCAAAGAAGACACUGUUGAACUAACUAUGGAACCUGUCGUGAGUGAAAAGGCAGUAGAUAUGACAAUCACCGAAGAGCCCACAGUUAGACCCAGCCUUGACAUGACAACAACACAUUUCACCACAACAGAGGAGGCCAGAUCAAGUGGCCUAACGCCCGUCAUUCUGACAGAGGAAUCUGACUUACCAACAGUGUCUUUCUUGCCAAGCACAGCUGUGAUAUUGGAAGAAUCCACAGCCAUACCUUCGGAAGUUGUUAGUGGUGGAAUCACACAAUUAAUGACUGUGGAAAGUGAAGAAAAAGACAAAGAAGGAGUAGCAUCAGUUGCGAUGGCCAGUACAACUUCAUUCCUAGACAUGGAUGGAUCUGGAGAACAGCCCACAAAAGACCCACAUGAAGGUUCAGCUGAAGAUUUUACUGUCCCACCCACAAAAGAGUCAUUUGACCAAAUCACUGUUGUAACUGAUGACGGAAAUAUUACUGAGACUGGAAGAAUGACAGAAGUUUCAAGUGUAGAAUUGUCCUCACAGGUCACAGCAUUUACACAGGAGUCUUCUGUGACUAAAGCACCCUUUGUUCCUACCACAUCUCAGCUUGACGUUUCCUCAGAGACAAGCGUUGAAGACAGAGCAGAAUCAACGGCGGAAACUGAGAUGACAGAAAAAGAAGCGGAAAGAAGCACCACAGAACCAUCAGUUCUCCCCAGCCUCAGUGCAAGAAGCACAGUCUUCACCUUUAAAGAAGAUGGCUCUGGUGAUGAAACCCCUGAGAUGUUGACAGAGUGGCAAACAGUAACAAAAGCACCAGUCUUGUCAACCACAGCUCAGACAGUGGAAUCCUCCACUGCCAUAAGUGCAGUCACGCAAGAGACAACUGUGGACAGUGAGGUAACAGAAAAGGGAGGAUUAUCACCAGCUGCCAAACCGGGUACAACUCCGUACCCGGACAUGGAAGGAUCUGGAGAGAAACCCACUGAAGAUGAGGACGAGAGCUCGGGAGAACCAAUUACCCUUCUACCCACAAAGGAACCAUACGACAAAAUCAGUGUUGUGACUGAUGAGGCAGAAGUCACAGAAACAUCAGAGAAGACCUCAGUCACUUUAGUUGUGGAAAGUACAACAACAUUUAUUCCAGAAUCUGCAGUAACCAAAGCAACCACUUCACCAAGUGCAACUCAGCCAGAUGUCUCAUUGGUAGAAUUGGGCAGUGGUGAUUUUACAGAGAAAGCUCCAGUCCGAGGUGAAGUGAAAGAAGAUGUAGGUUCAGGUGAAAAACCAGAUGAGAUUUUCGCAAAGGAGUCUACAGUCACUACAGCUCCUCUUGUGACUGGCACAACCAAAUUGGAUUAUUCACUUCCUACAUUAUCUCCUGUUUUAGACAUUAGUCUCACCUCACAUACAGACACUAUGGAAGUGACACAAACAAAAACAUCAAUCACUGAAUCACCAUUACUUACUUCUGGCAAAGAAGACACUGUUGAACUAACUAUGGAACCUGUCGUGAGUGAAAAGGCAGUAGAUAUGACAAUCACCGAAGAGCCCACAGUUAGACCCAGCCUUGACAUGACAACAACACAUUUCACCACAACAGAGGAGGCCAGAUCAAGUGGCCUAACGCCCGUCAUUCUGACAGAGGAAUCUGACUUACCAACAGUGUCUUUCUUGCCAAGCACAGCUGUGAUAUUGGAAGAAUCCACAGCCAUACCUUCGGAAGUUGUUAGUGGUGGAAUCACACAAUUAAUGACUGUGGAAAGUGAAGAAAAAGACAAAGAAGGAGUAGCAUCAGUUGCGAUGGCCAGUACAACUUCAUUCCUAGACAUGGAUGGAUCUGGAGAACAGCCCACAAAAGACCCACAUGAAGGUUCAGCUGAAGAUUUUACUGUCCCACCCACAAAAGAGUCAUUUGACCAAAUCACUGUUGUAACUGAUGACGGAAAUAUUACUGAGACUGGAAGAAUGACAGAAGUUUCAAGUGUAGAAUUGUCCUCACAGGUCACAGCAUUUACACAGGAGUCUUCUGUGACUAAAGCACCCUUUGUUCCUACCACAUCUCAGCUUGACGUUUCCUCAGAGACAAGCGUUGAAGACAGAGCAGAAUCAACGGCGGAAACUGAGAUGACAGAAAAAGAAGCGGAAAGAAGCACCACAGAACCAUCAGUUCUCCCCAGCCUCAGUGCAAGAAGCACAGUCUUCACCUUUAAAGAAGAUGGCUCUGGUGAUGAAACCCCUGAGAUGUUGACAGAGUGGCAAACAGUAACAAAAGCACCAGUCUUGUCAACCACAGCUCAGACAGUGGAAUCCUCCACUGCCAUAAGUGCAGUCACGCAAGAGACAACUGUGGACAGUGAGGUAACAGAAAAGGGAGGAUUAUCACCAGCUGCCAAACCGGGUACAACUCCGUACCCGGACAUGGAAGGAUCUGGAGAGAAACCCACUGAAGAUGAGGACGAGAGCUCGGGAGAACCAAUUACCCUUCUACCCACAAAGGAACCAUACGACAAAAUCAGUGUUGUGACUGAUGAGGCAGAAGUCACAGAAACAUCAGAGAAGACCUCAGUCACUUUAGUUGUGGAAAGUACAACAACAUUUAUUCCAGAAUCUGCAGUAACCAAAGCAACCACUUCACCAAGUGCAACUCAGCCAGAUGUCUCAUUGGUAGAAUUGGGCAGUGGUGAUUUUACAGAGAAAGCUCCAGUCCGAGGUGAAGUGAAAGAAGAUGUAGGUUCAGGUGAAAAACCAGAUGAGAUUUUCGCAAAGGAGUCUACAGUCACUACAGCUCCUCUUGUGACUGGCACAACCAAAUUGGAUUAUUCACUUCCUACAUUAUCUCCUGUUUUAGACAUUAGUCUCACCUCACAUACAGACACUAUGGAAGUGACACAAACAAAAACAUCAAUCACUGAAUCACCAUUACUUACUUCUGGCAAAGAAGACACUGUUGAACUAACUAUGGAACCUGUCGUGAGUGAAAAGGCAGUAGAUAUGACAAUCACCGAAGAGCCCACAGUUAGACCCAGCCUUGACAUGACAACAACACAUUUCACCACAACAGAGGAGGCCAGAUCAAGUGGCCUAACGCCCGUCAUUCUGACAGAGGAAUCUGACUUACCAACAGUGUCUUUCUUGCCAAGCACAGCUGUGAUAUUGGAAGAAUCCACAGCCAUACCUUCGGAAGUUGUUAGUGGUGGAAUCACACAAUUAAUGACUGUGGAAAGUGAAGAAAAAGACAAAGAAGGAGUAGCAUCAGUUGCGAUGGCCAGUACAACUUCAUUCCUAGACAUGGAUGGAUCUGGAGAACAGCCCACAAAAGACCCACAUGAAGGUUCAGCUGAAGAUUUUACUGUCCCACCCACAAAAGAGUCAUUUGACCAAAUCACUGUUGUAACUGAUGACGGAAAUAUUACUGAGACUGGAAGAAUGACAGAAGUUUCAAGUGUAGAAUUGUCCUCACAGGUCACAGCAUUUACACAGGAGUCUUCUGUGACUAAAGCACCCUUUGUUCCUACCACAUCUCAGCUUGACGUUUCCUCAGAGACAAGCGUUGAAGACAGAGCAGAAUCAACGGCGGAAACUGAGAUGACAGAAAAAGAAGCGGAAAGAAGCACCACAGAACCAUCAGUUCUCCCCAGCCUCAGUGCAAGAAGCACAGUCUUCACCUUUAAAGAAGAUGGCUCUGGUGAUGAAACCCCUGAGAUGUUGACAGAGUGGCAAACAGUAACAAAAGCACCAGUCUUGUCAACCACAGCUCAGACAGUGGAAUCCUCCACUGCCAUAAGUGCAGUCAUGCAAGAGACAACUGUGGACAGUGAGGUAACAGAAAAGGGAGGAUUAUCACCAGCUGCCAAACCGGGUACAACUCCGGACCCGGACAUGGAAGGAUCUGGAGAGCAACCCACUGAAGAUGAGGACGAGAGCUCAGGAGAACCAAUUACCCUUCCAUCUACAAAGGAACCAUACAACAAAAUCACUGUCCAAAGUGGUGUCCUUGAAUUGAUGACUGUGAAAAGUGAGGUCAUAGAACAGAAGGUGGACACUCCAGAUAUAGCAUAUAGUACCAUUCUGUACCCAGACAUGGCUAGAUCAGGAGCACCGCCCACAAAAGGCCAGCUAGGAGGUGCAGCUGAAGCUAUUAUUAUCUCACCCACAACAGAAUCAUUUGACCAAAUCAGCCUUGUGACUGAUCAUGCAGAAAUCACAGAAACAUCAGAGAAAGCAUCAGACACUUUUGAUGUGGAAAGUGCCACAACAUUCAUUAUGGAAUAUGAAAUUACAAAAACAACUGUUUCAUCAAGCCCAUCCCAGCCAGAAAGCUCUUCCUCAGAUUCAGGCAGUGGUGAUUUCACAGAAGAAAUACCAGAAAAGGAUCCCAUCGAUGAGAAUUCAGGUGAACAAACAGAGAUGUUUACCAAGGAGUCUGCUGUCACUACAGCUCCUUUUGUCGUCAGCACAAUAAAAAUGGAUGACACAGCAUUCACAUCCUCAGGUAUAGAUACCAGCCAUACCACACAAGACACUAUUCAUGUUACCCAAACAAGUGCAACAUUAAGCACUGCAGAGCCAUUAGAUAUCUCAACUAUAGAUAUAACUGAUGUGAGUGGCUUGGCAGUAGAAGCAACAGACGCAACUAAGAAGCCCUUCAUUAGUCCCAGCCAUGACCUGACAGGUACUCCAUUAACCUUCACAAAGGAAGACAGUUUUAGCAGCCAAACUCAAGCCAUUCCUAUGGAGGCAUCUAGUCUAGCAACCUUUUCAUUUGAGCCAAGCACAAUUAGGUCAUUGUCUGCACCCACAGGCUCACUGUCAGAGGUAGUUGGUGGUACACCUAUAGAAAGUAAGGUGACAGUGCUUAGCACAGCUCAGCCAGUAGAAUAUUCCUCAGAGUCAGACCACCUUGAAAUCACACACAAACCUAUUGAGAUGACAGAAGACAAGAGCACAGAUGACCAAACACUGGACUUUACUGAGCAAUCUGCUGUAACAAAAGCUUCUCUUGUGGGCAUCACAUCUCAUUCAGAACAACCAUUCAGCUCAGAAUCACCUUCUGUUUCUUUAACAGUGAGUAAACACACAGGAGCAGUUGGCACACAGACAUCCAUACCCUCCCUAAUUCCCUCUGUAUUCUACCAAGAUGUAGAUGAGCAGCAUGUUUUCAGCCCAAGUCCAACAAGCAGCCAAGCCAAAAGCAGCAUUCAUGAAUUCUCACCAACCAAACCGUACCACACAGGAAAAGCAACCCCCUCAGCCCUUAUAUUCACAGAGGAAAGGACAAAAGAGGAUGAGUUGUUCUCAUCAGUGACUGAGAGCAGAAAAGAAAACCUCACAAGUACCAAAUAUUUAGAUUCCACAGCUCCUGAGUUUGUUUCCAUCAUUGAUGGUGACAGUGCUUCACUGGUUGAGGCCUCCUCACUUUUCUCAUCUGAUAUUCUUACAGAGGAAGCAGGGGGUGUGACAGCAGUUACCCUCCCACCACCGACAGCUCUCCUCACAGAGCAGCCUGAAGGUUCUGGUUCAGACACGACCACAACUUUCACCACUCCCUCAAUGCAUGUGAAGUAUGAAUCCACCACACAAGGACUGAACCAUACUCUGAUUGACACAUCUGAAGAAGUGAGCUCAAGGAUAACAAGUGUCACAGAGGAGGACAAAGUAAAGAAGGACACGGUGGCUAAUGCAACUGUCCCAUCACUUUCUGCUGAUGUGUCUUCAGAAGAGAAGUAUCUAACAUCUCCCUCGCCUGUUUACACAGUUCACCCAGAUGGAGAGUCUAUCACCCAGCCUGAUGCGGUAAUUAAUUUGGGCACCAAGGUCAGCCCAACGCCUUCAGAUGGGGUGACCAAACGUACUGGAAUUACAGAGUCUCCACCUGUGGCCACAUCUAGGCUCACCACAAUGCAGACUGAAGCCAAAUUGCUGACCACAAUUAUCAGUAAGCCAGACAGCACUGAAAAGACUCCCGAAUCUGAGCUGAAGUCUGUUGAAAGUACUUCUAAGGGGGGAGAAGGGGGGGAAGAGGAGUCAGUUUCUCCUGUCACGGAAAUGCCCCCCAGCGACACAUCCAGUGAUGCUGAGGCCCCUGUCACCAGCACGCCAUCAGGGGUUGUUCCAGUGGCUUCAACGAUCCCAGCAGAGGAUGAAGAAGUAGACUACGAUAGUUCAUCAAGUCCUCCACUGCUUGAAGGUCUGCCUUCCACUCAUGAGAUUGAAAGCACUCUAACACCUGAUUUGGACCUGGGACACACCAUCGUGGGCCAGGUGUUUGACAUUCCAGGAAUAAAUUGUUGCACUGAAAACAUGUGCCUGAAUGGGGGCACUUGCUACUCAAUGGGAGAAUCUUACACCUGCUCCUGUCUACCUGGUUACAGUGGUGAUAACUGUGAAAUAGACAUUGACGAUUGCCAGUCCAACCCCUGCCACAAUGGAGGCACUUGUGUUGAUUGUGAGAAUGCAUUCAUCUGUGUGUGCCUCCCAAGCUAUUCAGGCACCCUCUGUGAAGAAGACACGGAGAGCUGCGAAUACGGCUGGCACAAGUUCCACGGUCACUGCUACAGGUACGUUCCCCAGCGGAGGACCUGGGACGUCGCCGAGCGGGAGUGUCGUCUGCAGGGGGCCCACCUUGUCAGCAUCCAGUCCCACGAGGAGCAGCUGUUCGUGAACCGCUUGGGGCACGAUUACCAAUGGAUUGGCCUCAACGAUAAAAUGUUUGAAAACGAUUUCCGUUGGACCGAUGGGCGACCAGUGCAAUAUGAGAACUGGAGGCCGCACCAGCCGGACAGCUUCUUCACCUCUGGAGAGGACUGCGUGGUGCUGAUCUGGCAUGAGGACGGGCAGUGGAACGAUGUUCCCUGCAACUACCACCUCACCUUCACCUGCAAGAAGGGCACAGUCGCCUGCAGCCAGCCUCCGGUGGUGCCGAACGCCCGCACCUUCGGCAGGAUGCGGCCACGCUACGAGAUUAACUCGCUGGUGAGGUACCAGUGCAACACCGGCUACAUCCAGCGCCAUGUGCCCGUCAUCCGUUGCCGUGGAAACGGGCGCUGGGACGUCCCCCAGAUCGCCUGCAUGACCCCGUCUUCGUUCCAGCAGGACUACACAUGGAGACACAUGUACAAUUACAGUGGCAAGAGGAGGACCCAUCAGCCGCAGAGACGCCAUCAUGGCUGGGCCCUGAGAGUGGACAGACACGGGCGCUGACCCCCGCGACCCCCGGCCGGAGACCCAACCUCGCCGUGCAUGAGGCCUAACCCGCAAAGAGCCCACUCUCGCACACCCACGGACAUCAGCCAUCGAAAAGGCCAAGAAAAAUGGCAGCACCAACAGGAUGUUAAAAACAGGACUGUUUUUACAGUCAAGACAUGAGAAGCAAGUGCCUUGCUUUUCACUUCUUCUUUUUUUUGUUGCCCGAUGUUUUUAUUUUGACCGUCAUUUUGUUUUUAAAAAGACAGCAAAAAGGAUACAGACAGCUGGUCACAGGGAACUCUGCCCCCGGAGACCGUUUGCUGGUGGAUAUGUUGAUUUCUUUUUGUGAUCCAGCCUGCUUCUCUGACAAGAGUGCAUAAUUCAAAAGCUCUUUUUGUAACAGUUUAACUGUCCAACGGUUUAACGAGGGAAAGCAGUGAUGGAAAAAAAACAAAAAACAAAUAUCAACAACUCAAGAUAUUGUAAAUACACCAUGGAAUUUACGAGCGUUAAUAACAUGCUCCGAGGACUUUCCGCCCCAAGAGACAUGGACACAGUGUCUCUUUCUGCUGCUCUUUUGUAUACUUUACACAGAAUCUAUAUGCAAUUAUACUGGGAGUUAUUGACAGGAGGGUGGUUUUCACUGAUGACAAGGAUGAUUUCUGCCAUUUUGGCUCUCGAGGUAAUGCACAUUUCUGACAGCGACCCCAAAGGCAUUUUACAGGGGAGGCGGCCAAUGGUUGGAGAGGAGAGCGCAAAGGCCCCAGCCACGGACCAUGCAGAUUCUCAGAGACUGCCAGGAGAGCUAGAAGUGGCUCGGAAUACAGGAAGUCACCUUCCCCAAACAGGAAGUUAUCUUUCUGCAGCACAACGCUUAUCGUGUGAAGAGGUUUGAACCGCUCCCCAGCAUGCACGAAGAUGCUAUGAUUGGUGAAUUUGGUGGGGAGAAAUGCAGAAAUGUGUAAUACAUUUAAUAAAUUGAUAAAUGUGUGUGUAUAUAUAUAACCGGUUUAAUCUUUAAGUGUGAUACAGAUAAAAUUACAAAAACAAAAUAUUUUAUGAAUGUGUGAGUGCUGCAGACUCAGUCAAAAGCUAGAGAUCUUGUUGAGCUGCUAAUUAGUUAGGUGUGCUGAAUUAUGGUUGAGAUGAAAUCCUAAAAGUAGAUCUCCAGGAACAUGGUUUGGCAGCCCUGGACUAUAGUAAUUGAAGUAAAACCAGAGAUUUAAUUUAUUCAACAUAGGAGCACAGGAGGCAAAUUUCUAUUCGCAUCCAGUUUCUAUCCCAACAUUCUUUGCUGUGUUUACAAAAAUUUCAUGCUACUGUCUUUAUUCUGCUUUAAGAAAUCUUACUGGGUUUAUAAUUCAAACUCUACUCUUUCCUUACAUGCAUUUGUUUUCUAGAACCAUCAAACUACUAUUAAGAGAAUGUACUUUGUAAAAAUCCACAGAAAGACUUGAAUGGGAGAUACAAAUAAUUUAUUUUUUUAUUUUUUUUAUUUUGUUGCAUGAGGCCAGACAUUCUGGAGAUGCAAUCACUUGGCCUUAUUGUACAAUCUUGUUGACAUGGAUUAACAGAUAUAUAUUUAUGCUGUGCAAGAAAGCAUUAGUCAGUGUGGUGAUUGAAUAUGGUACUUAUCUGUCACUAAUGAACUCACACAGUAUCCAUGGAUUAAAAUUCCCAUGGGUUCAUAGCAAUAUUGAGACCAAAACAGAACUGUGUCGCUCAAUAAUGGAUGACUCUUUAUUUGUUAUAUUCCCAGCCAUGAUGUGUUUUGGUCUGAUUGCUUAGUCUUUUGACCAUCAGAAUGCACAUAAUAUCUUUUAUAUUUAUAUUAUAACUUGUAUAUUUUAUAAUGUGAAUGUCUGGGAUGUUUGUGAAUUAUAUUUUUUAAAAUAAUUUGUAAAACUUUUUGUACAUGCUC